AUGCAGUUCUCCCCAAAUCCAUCCCUUUCGUCCUCUUCCAGAAGCUCGUCCUCCAAGCGAGAAAGCACGAGCACCACGAACACCGGCCCAUUGCUGUACAAUGAGGCUUGCCCCUCUUCGGCUCCCCCUACCGGCCUGUUCGACGCAGAAACGGGUGCAGAGCUCAAGCGACAUCCAGACCUCUGGUUCCCUGAUGGGAGCGUCAUUUGCAGAGCAGAGAACCUCCUCUUCCGGGUGCACAUGUACCAGCUAGCGAGGCGGUCAGUGUGCUUCAAGGAUAUGUUCGCGGUCCCGCAACCCAGAUCGCCACAUAAAGCCGGGAAGGCGAAGGCGAUGGAGAAUCUGAACUGCGUGCAGAGCCCCGAUGCGUCCGACGAGCUUCUGCACGAUAUCACGGACUGCCCUACGCUGUGCCUGCAAGACAGGGCAGACGAUGUCGCGAAUCUGUUCGCUGCGCUGUACGACGGCCCGAAGUUCGGCAAUAAUGAUCACGAUGAUUUCAGAGUGGUCUCGGGGAUUCUUCGGUUAUCGACCAAGUACAUUAUCGAGUCGCUGCGCGUGCAGGCACUCGCGCAUCUGAGCAUUGCAUGGCCAGAUACGCUGAAAGUGUGGGACGCGAGGGAGGAUUUGGCGCGGGCGUAUGAGAUGGAAACGGGGGCGCAUCUGUAUCCAUCACCGCUGGCCGUGAUCAGUCUCGCGAGGGAAGUCGACGCACCAUCACUUCUGCCCUCCGCUUUCUAUGACCUCUCGCGAUACUCGUUCUCGCAGAUAUUCGAGCCUAGCGAGGACGAACCGCUUUACCACCCCCAAUCCUCGACAUAUCCCCCGACACUCUCUAAUCAAGAUAUCCAACGGCUCUCGCUUGGUAAAGAAGCUUCGCAACAGGCAAUUACCACCCUCAUUCAAGCCAUGGGACAGAGCCAGUACUUUCGGCACCCCAUGCACCUAGCCCAAAUGCACUCUCGCUCGAAAUCAUCCAGCCUCUCCUCAUCACCGGGCAUAUGCGUCUCCGCCGCCGCAUGCCGGAAGGACUUCUCCGAACUCGUCGAUCUCGCGACGCAGCACUAUCUCUUCGAUAGGGAGAAGGGGUGCAGCGAUCCGCUGUAUGUCGCCGAAGAGCUCGGACAGCUGAAGAGCGCGGAGUUCUCGGAGUGUAAGGCCUGUGCGAGGAGUCUGGAGAAUUGGGCUGCGCGGGAAAGGGAGAGGAUCUGGAAGAUGGUGCCUACGUGGUUCAGACUGGAGCCGAUAGACGCGGGAGGGUGUUCUACCACCAGCUGA